CCGGCUUUGUCUACUCCGUCUCUUAAUCCGUACAUAGCUUCGCAAUAAUGUCCUUCAACGCCGAGCUCCUCGAGCCCAAGAUUCGCGGCAUCCUCACCGCCCCUGGCACCGACCUCGCCACGAUCAGCGCAAAACGCGUCCGCAAAGAGCUCCUCGGGCUCGAGCCCACCCUGACCGCCGAGCUCGUCCGGGAAAAGAAGGACGACAUCGACAAGAUCAUCUCCAAAGUAUACGAGGAGGUGAGCGCGGCGCGCGAGGCCGAGAACGCGACCAGCGAGGACGGUGCCAGCGACGGCACGAAGCGCAAGCGGGACGACGCGUCCGAGGGCGAGGAAGAGGCGGAGGAUGCUGCGCCUGUCAAGCCGAAAGCAAAGAAGGCGAGAGCGAAGGGGAAGAAGGACCUGACGGACGAGGAGCUCGCGCGCCAGCUCUCGAACGAGAUCAAUGGUCGGGGGCGUACGGCGCGGGCCACUGCGGCAGGCAAGAAGGCUAACGGUGCGAAACGAGCGAAGAAGGGUCCUAAGAGCGCCGCCACCGUCGCGUCCGAUGGCGAGAGCGAGGGUGACGAGCCGAAGCCGAAGAGGCGGGGUGGCGGCUUCACGAAGGAGUAUCUGCUUAGCGAGCCUCUGUCCGCACUUCUCAAGGUGGAGAGGCUGUCCCGGCCGCAGACCGUCAAGCAGUUGUGGAACCACAUCAAGGCGAACAACAUGCAGAACCCCGAGAACAAGAAGGAGAUCAUCUGCGACGACGGCUUCAGAGAGAUCUUCAAGGUCGACAAGAUCGACAUGUUCAAGAUGAACAAGGAGCUCACCCAACAUCUCCGCGAGGCCCCUCCCCCUGUCGAGUCGUAGUCCGCACCGCAUGUCCGUCCUCCAACGCGCCACCCACACCCUACACCCACCCACACCACGUUCGCGGACCCUCUAAACGCAUGACGCGUCGCCCACCCCCACCGCGGGCGCAUCAUCUAUUCCAUUAUCUCUGUUCUGGGACGCGCGCGAUCUGUCCGCUGGGCGUCACGCGCCCGGGUUACCCUGUCCAUAAUGUCUCCGUGUACACUACAAUGCUCCUAACUCGC